AUGGCCUACCCAGCCACGGGCGUCUCCCCCGCGAAGUACAGGUGCACGUGGUGCAACUCCCUGAAGCGGAGGACCCAGCAGAUUCGCAAGGGUAGGCCUGAGGCCUUCGCGCAGUGGACCCACAUCCCGCCCGAGGACAAGAAAGCGUUCUGCAAAGUUGCCGCGCACUUGUACGGCGAGGACCUGGUCAAAAAGAUGACCGAGUACAUCGAGGUGGUGCACGAGAAGAGCAACGAGAGCGCUUGGAAGGAGAAGGGCGAUGCCAUUCUGUUGUCGGAGGCAAAGGAGCUCCCACGCUUCGUCCGCGAGCCGUGGGCGUUCGACAACUUGGUCAGGAACGUGGGCACGUUCAAGUGCGAGCACACGGGCCAGGAGUUCAUCGUUGUUCCUGGGUAUUCUUUCGAGAACACGUCGAAGGAGGUGCAUAGGGAGACCAACAGCCGCACCGUCGAGCAGGUUUCGAAGAUCCCGAGGGUGAAGGCCAAGGCUAAGGCCAAGGCCAAGACCACCGCGGCGACGCAGCCCACGCGCGUGCCCAAGCUGCCCAUGGGGCUUGCCAAGAAGGUCGGCCAGGCCUUGGAGAGUUUGCGGGAGUCGAAGCUGGACAUUGGAAAGUGCCUCGUGCUGGCGGAGUCGGAGCAAGGCGGCGAGUUCGUGCCCGCCCGUCUCGUGGCCAAGCUGAAGAGCAUGCAGGGCGAGAUCACCACCUUCACCGUGCAGCUGGACGUCCCGGCGAAGGGCGCAGACAAGGAGGGGGCCGCGAAGGCGAUCCAGGCGGCCAAGACUGCGGUCUGUGACCAUGUCACCCUGAUCGACCAGAUCAACGGCCUCCUCGAGGACAUGCCCGCGGAGGUGCGCUCGGCGCUCCUCCCCGACGAGCCUGCGGGGGCGAAUGGGGAGACGGUCGAGGCGGCGCCCGACGGGGCGGCGCUCGGCGAGGCCGCGGUGGAGGCGGGGGGAGACGCAGCGGCGGCGACCAAGUGCCAGGAUCGUGCGCCUACGGCCGAGGUGGCAGCCGCGAGGGGGAGUAAGCGUUCGGCCACCGAGGCCUCGGGUGGGAAGGGCCGUGGCCGCGUCGCAGCCGCUGGUGUCGUCAAGGGCAGCGGCAGGGGCCGCGGCCGCGGCGCGGGCAAGGCCAAGGCCAAGGCCAAGGCCAAGGCGUGA